AUGGGUACGGGGUGCAUGUUGGGUUAGUCGUCAGUCGCGCGGCUUCCCAGGAGCCGGUAUGACGGUGCGGGUGUUGCUUCUGCUGACAUGUGUGGCGGCGGCGGGUGCAUUGAAGGCGCCUAAAAGCGGCUUCCUCUUCACGUCGCCCAAGCAACUAAAGGCGGGCACCAGCGAACGCGUCUGCGUCACGCUCUUCAACCUGCCCGGGCCGGGGCGGAACGUGACCCUCAGUCUCUCACUCUGGGCCGGGGCAUCCCCCUGGACUAGGCUGGUGGAGCUGAUACCAGACACGGUGGACGCUGAUGGCGAUCACUGUUUUGACCUGGACGUGCCGCGCUCGGUGACCAACUCCCGGGGCCAUCUGGACCUCAGCAUUGCCAACGCCGCCGGACUGCGCUUCUCAGACGAAUCCUGGGUGGGAAUCAAGCCAUUCACGCUGCUGACACUGAUUCAAACGGACAAGCCCAGGUACCGUCCAGGCGACAAAGUCCUGAUUCGCGUCAUAUCUCUGCGAUAUGAUCUCACUCCGCUUAUCGAAAACAUUCCGGAGGUGUGGGUGACCACCCCAGACGACAUUCGCGUUGCCCAGUGGAGUGACAUCAAGACCAGCGGAGGCCUGAUCCAGCUGGAGGUGCAGCUGACCGAGGAGCCGCCACUGGGCAGAUGGACCAUCCACGCGAGGACAAAACGCCGGUCCGAAACACACAGUUUCGACGUGGAAGAGUAUGUGCUGCCCACAUUCGAGGUCAAGGUCGAAAGCCCAACCUACCUGCUUAAGGGAGAGAAAACAAUCACCGUCAACGUCUGCGCCAAGUACACCUUCGGCCAGCCACUGAUCGGAGCCAGCGUGACGGUGAACGUCACGAAAGGGCGUGAUCACGUCAGUGACACUCUCACGACGGACAAGACGGGCUGCGCCUCCUCAGAUCUGAUUGUGGAUGAACUGCUCUCUGGCUAUAGGUUUAGCGUUGCUACCAUCAACGCCACUGUGGAGGAGUUUGCACGGGUCUCAGCCAAUCAGAGACGAGAUCACUGCGCAGAGGAUCCUUCAGAUCCGCUCAGCCUCCAUUCCAGACAACACGCAGCUGUUAAUCAGCCCGGCCUGCCCCUCCUAUACGGCCGGCUCCACAUCAAAGACCGGGAUGGUUCACCAUUCGCCGAAAAGGUCGUGGAGAUCUGCUUCAAGCACUCGGAGCUGCAGUGCAUGGCCGAGUUCGGCUACACGCCGCCUGAUCUGGGAGAACGGAGGAUCCGGAGCGGCUCUCGACGGCCGAAACAGUGCCGCUUCUUCACCGCCGACCGCCAGGGACGCGUCGUCUACUUUCAUCCCGCUCAAGCCACCGAUCGUGGACAGUGUCGACGUCAGGGAUAUGUCACGCUGACCCCAGGAUAUGGUGGCGGAGGCCUGUUCCGGAGUCUCGUGACCUUUUUCUCCCCUCCAACUCCUACCUCACCAUUGACGUCCACCUGCUGCCCGACGAGCUGCCAUGCCGAGGGCAACAUCACCGUCCAGCUGCUGACGUCACUGGAGAAGGACGUGCCGCCAAUGGUUUGUACCAGGUGA